AUGGAGAUCUCUUGUGAGUUCAGUUCUAUAGGCGGUAACAGAAAUCCUGCCGCCGCCGACUGGGACGAAGAUGGUUUGCAGUUACUGGCGUUUGGGGCGGAUAAUUGCAUCGCGCUGUGGGAUCCACAGGACGAAGAACUUCAUGGAGUUCAGGCGAUUUUGAGUGGGCAUACCAAAGCUGUCAACGCGGUCAAGUUUUUCUCAACAAAGUCACCGGACGUCUCUGUUCUUCUGAGCGGUUCGGCGGACAACUCCCUUCGCAUAUGGCGCGGUGGACGCGGCAAACAUGCUCAGUUUGAAUGUGUAAAGACCGUCUCCGAACAUACAGGCCCCAUUACUCGGAUAGCCACUCUUCAGGCAUCAGAUAUCUUCGCUACCGGCGCUUCCGACGGCACAGUCAAAAUCUGGAAACUCGUACACGAUUCUGACUUCUCUUCGCUUGACGUUGAACUAUUACAAACUAUUGCUCUCUCGCCAAAGUACUUUCCGCUGAAUCUCGCUCUUGCAAAUUUGGAUGAGUCAUCUAUCGUCCUAGCAGUCGCGGGCACUCGCAGCACCAUCCAAAUCUUCGUUUCUCAAGACACACAGUUCAAACUGUCCGGAACAUUGACUGGACAUGAGGGUUGGAUUCGUGCACUAGCAUUUACACGAGAGUCAUCGGAUGAGACCAGUGACUUACUACUAGCUUCAGCCAGUCAAGACAAAUAUAUUCGUCUCUGGAGAAUCCAUCGUGGAGAUGAGCUCCCUGCUACAAGCAGUGCACUGAAUGAUCCAGCUUUGGGGGGCUUUGGGAAAUCUUUAUCCAAUAAGGCCCAUUGGAUUGACUCUACGGCAGCGAAGCAUUCAAUCACGUUCGAAGCACUGCUGCUGGGGCACGAAGAUUGGAUAUAUACCGCUUCGUGGCGGCAUCGAGACGGAAAGCUGCAACUGCUUUCUACCUCGGAAGACAACUCUCUCGCUAUAUGGGAAUCUGAUCCCAACUCGGGUGUGUGGGUGUGCAUUACUCGACUAGGCGAAAUCAGCGCGCAAAAAGGUUCGACAAGUGCCACAGGAAGCGCAGGAGGGUUCUGGAUCGGGCUUUGGUCGCCAGAUGGGAACGCACUCGUAUCGUUGGGGAGGACUGGAAGUUGGAGAAGGUGGACUUACUCGGAUACGGAGGAUAUGUGGGCACAGCAAGUCGCAAUCACAGGCCACGUGCGGGAAGUAAGAGGCGUGUGCUGGUCGAGAGAUGGGUCGUACAUGGUGUCAACCAGCUCGGAUCAGACCACAAGACUCUUCUCGCAAUGGAAGCGCAAGGACAUAACGCCAUCAUGGCACGAGUUUUCGCGGCCGCAAAUCCACGGUUACGACUUGAACUGCAUCGACGCGGUUACCAACUCUCAAUUCAUCUCAGGCGCAGACGAGAAGCUACUACGCAUUUUCGACGAACCAAAGGGCGUCGCCGAAAUGCUCAACAACCUCUGCGACAUUCGAAUGUCGACCACCGCAGACCUCCCAGACGCAGCCAACAUCCCCGUUCUCGGCCUCUCCAACAAAGCAAUCCAAGCCGUAGGUGACGACGAGCCGGUCGAAAACGAGGACGAAGAGGAGCGCGAAGCCCUGAAUCCUUCUUCAGUAGUGCGCAAAUCUACACUCGACUUCCAACACCCACCGUUCGAAGACCACCUGGCGCGCCACCUCCUCUGGCCUGAGACAGAGAAGCUCUACGGCCACGGGUACGAGAUCUCUGCCGUAGCUGUCAGUCGAGAUGGCGGCCUUAUAGCGACUGCAUGUCGGGCGAGUUCUAUCGACCACGCUGUCAUCCGUCUCUACGAUACGAAGAACUGGCUGGAAGUCAAACCUGCACUGAAAGCACACUCCCUGACCGUCACUGCACUGCAAUUCUCGCCCGAUGACAAGUACCUACUAAGUGCAGGGCGAGACAGACAGUGGGUGGUGUGGGAACGCAGCGACGAGCCCGCACUAUACACGCUCCGACACUCAAACCCCAAGGGACAUACACGCAUGAUCCUAGGCGCGUCGUGGGCGGCACUAGACCAACCGACCUUCCUCACAGCAGGACGAGACAAGAGCGUCAAGAUAUGGCAAAUCACGGAUACAGAGGUGAUCCUAAAGACCACGGUGACUGCAAACGCGGCUGUCACGGCCGUGGCAUGCAACAACUUGCCUGCCGACGGAGCUAUGUUUGCUUUCGGGACGGAGACGGGAGCCAUUGGGAUCAGAAGUGUGGAAUUCGACGCGCUGGAUAAGGUUGGUGUUAGUAUGGUCGGGACGGGGAUGUCGCCGGCUCGGACGAUCAAUCAGAUCGUGUGGAGGCCGGGAAGGAGUAUUGCACAGCAGCAGGUUGCGGUGGCUAGUGAUGAUACGUCACUGCGGAUAUACAACGUCAGCGUUAGCGUGCAGUAG